AAACACAUUCGUGUGUUUGUCAAACUCCAUUAAGCCUCGGAGGAAGAAGAUUUGUUUCACGCGCUCUCUGUUGUUUUAAUGUGGCGCUGGUUUAAUACAAACUGUUAGAAAUAUAAUUUCUGUAAACAGGAUAAAUACAGUUUUUGAAUCAGGUCAGUAAACACCUGUAAUAAUCUCAUCAUCAUAGUCGUGUCUACGUUUUGAAGCAAAGAUAAAUACAUCGGGAAGAGUAUCAGCUAAAGAUGGUGUUUAUUAAAGAGGAGAUUGAGGAGAACACGAGUGAAAUAAAAGAAGAGGAACCAGAAACCUGCAGAAUAAAACACGAGGAACGAGGAGAGUUUAUUGAAGAAAGUGAGGAGAACAAAAAAUGGAGUGAAGUUGAGAAGAAAAAUCAUGUCAAAACUGGAGAAAAACCUUUGACUUGCUCUCAAACCAAACAGGAAGAUCUAAAGAAAAGAGCUUUCACCUGUACUCUGUGUGGAAAGAGUUUCACAUACAAAUAUCAUCUUGAUUUUCACAUGAGAGUUCAUACUGGAGAGAAACCGUUCACUUGUAAUCAAUGUGGAAAUAGUUUUGCACACUUAAAAACCCUUAAGAGACACAUGAGAAUCCACACUGGAGAAAAACCUUAUAAGUGUUCACACUGUGACAAGACAUUUAGACACUCAUCACAUCUCAAAACACAUAAGAGGAUCCACACUGGAGAAAAACCUUAUAAGUGUUCACACUGUGACAAGAGAUUCAAUAAUUCAUCAAGUCUGAAAAUGCAUGAGAGGAUCCACACUGGAGAGAAACCGUACACUUGUAAUCAAUGUGGAAAUAGUUUUGCACACUUAACAACCCUUAAUAGACACAUGAGAAUCCACACUGGAGAUAAACCUAUUAAGUGUUCACACUGUGACAAGAGAUUCAAUAAUUCAUCAAAUCUGAAAAUGCAUGAGAGGAUCCACACUGGAGAGAAACCGUACACUUGUGAUCAGUGUGAGAAGUGUUUCACACGCUUAUCACAACUGAAGGAUCACUUGAACAUCCACGCUGGAGAGAAACCCUACUCAUGUGUUCAAUGUGAUAAAAAAUUUAUGAGGGCUUCAAACCUGAAGAAUCACCUCACAGUUCAUACAAAGGAGAAGCCGUAUUCAUGUUAUUUGUGUGGAAAGAGUUUUUCACGCUUUUCAAAUUUGAAAGGACAUCAGAAAAUACAUACUGGUGAGAGAGAGUACAUAUGCUCUGAGUGUGGAAACACUUUCACUUCAGCGGACAGUUUAAAACAGCAUGAGAGGAUCCACACUGAAGAAAAACCUUAUAAGUGUUCACACUGUGACAAGAGAUUCAAUCAGUCAGCACAUCUGAUAACACAUGAGAGGAUCCACACUGGAGAAAAACCUUAUAAGUGUUCACACUGUGACAAGAGAUUCAGAGAUUCAUCAAAUCUGAAAACACAUGAGAGGAUCCACACUGGAGAAAAACCUUUUGAGUGUUCACACUGUGACAAGAGAUUCACUCAGUCAGUACAUCUGAUAACACAUGAGAGGAUCCACACUGGAGAAAAACCUUAUAAGUGUUCACACUGUGACAAGAUAUUCAGAAACUCAUCGUAUCUGAAAACACAUGAGAGGAUCCACACUGGAGAGAAACCGUACACUUGUAGUCAGUGUGAGAAGUGUUUCACACACUCAUCACAACUUAGGGAUCAUAUGAACAUCCACGCUGGAAAGAAACCCUACUCAUGUGUUCAAUGUGAUAAAACAUUUUUGAGGGCUUCAGACCUGAAGAAACACCUGACAGUUCAUACAAAGGAGAAGAAUUUAAGUUUUUUGGGUGAAAAUAUUUUUUCAAUUGUGAAAAUAUAUCAAAAAACACAUACUGGUGUCAAAAAGUACAAGUGCUCCAAGUGUGAAAACACUUUUACGUCAGGGGCCAGUUUAAAACAGCAUGAGAGGAUCCACACUGGAGAGAAACCUUAUUAGUGUUCACACUGUGACAAUAGAUUCAGGAUACGCACACAUUUUUUAUCGUAUAGGCGUUUCGUCCACACGCAUCCGGCGUUUUUGUAAGGUGAAACCGCUAUUUUUUGAAACCGGGUCCCAGAGUGGAUAAAUUUGAAAACGCCGUCUUUGCGUUUUCGUCUGGACGGCUAAUCCGUAUAUUUUCAGAAACAAUGACGUCAUCAGCCCACGUCUCCCCCCAAGUCAGACACCUCUACGUCACGUAACAGCAACAAAAACAUGAACAAACACUGAACGAUUGUCUUUAUUAACUAACAUUAACACAGAUUAAUAAAUGUAUUGUUCCAUGUUCGUUUGUGUACCACGCGCAAGGUUUAUGAGCAUAGUCCAAGUCUUCUUCUCUGUUUUUAGUGUAUCUCUGUGUCAGAAUUACAGUGCCACAUACUGGUCUGGCAUGUAUACUACAUCAUUUUGCGGUUUCGUGUGGACGCGGAUAUUUCUUGAGACGAGGAAAAAAAAAGAUGGGAUUGGGGUAAGCUCCGUCUCCGUGUGGACAGGGCCUCAGUCAGUCGUCAAAGCUUCAGUCAUUCAUCUGCUCUACACAUACAUACAAAAAACUAUCACUGUAAGGCCCCGUACAAACAGAGAUGCCUUUAGCUGUAUAUGUACAAAUUUUGUAUCCUAUUGGUGUGUCCUCUAGACGGAUCCGGUGUUUUGGCAGCAUUAAACUGCAAAUUUUUCUUAAUGGGUCCCAGAGUGGAUCGAUCUGAUGUGUUUACAAUGUGUUUACACUCUGCUUUUGAAGAAAUAUUGUAGUAUCAUGCUACAGUCUUCAUUCUGUCAGCUGCAGCUACAGUCUCUGUUUUUGUACAACAUCACAUGCAUUCACAUUGGUGUUAACUCUUAACUGUGCGUUCACACCGCCGGCGUCGAGAGCGUCAAAAAUCGCUCUUGCCGCUCUGCUCACGACGCUGCAGAAAGAUUCGUGAGCGCUCAGACGCUCUGACGUAGAUCGAAUGCUUAUUUUGUAUUUAAAGCGGCCGCAAAGCAAACAGUGUCUUGUUCUCGUGCGGACUAACCACAAGGAGAGUAACGUUAUAAGUUAACCUCAUUAAAUAUUGUUGUGGACGAAAUAUUAAGAUCCUUUACUUAAAACGGACAAUCUCAGACACCUUGGUCCACGUAUCACUUUUAAUAAAUUUUUUAUGUCCCUUGCAAACGCGAAACAGAAAUAAUCAACCUGUCCUAUAUUGUGCUUGGGAACAAAUGUGGUCGGAGCUGCAUUCUCUGGAAUCCUCUCAAGCGGUGGACUUCUACGUUCCGAUUGGUUGCUGCCCAACCGCGUCAUAGCUCAUUACCAUAAAGUUGCCUUGAUUUCAACUCUCCUCGACGCUCUCAACGGCCAAGUCGCGCCGCGCCGCUCCUCACCGCUGCUCGACGCCGGCUUACAUUGAAAAUUACUUCCGGCCGCUUUGACGCUCUCGACGCCGGCGGUGUGAACGCACAGUUAGACUUACUCUCACGGGUCACUGCACUUAUUUGCAGACACAAAAGUACAUUACUUUUAUGUGCUUUAAAGCCUUACUUGUUCAUUAAAUUUAUUGAAUGUUCCUGCAAAGUAAACCAUGACAUUCAAAUGCACAUAAAACGUCUACGAUGGUACAUCAAUGUUUCACAGACAAACCGUGAAAUUACUGUUCAAUUAAUUUGCUUGUUAAGAUAAUGUAAAUUCAUGAGGCAAGAAACACUUAAAAGCAUACUCCUAUAGCUUAAAUAUUCUGGUUACAUUAUCCUAAUCUCUUUUCGAUAAAAUCUAUGCAAAAUAAGGUUGCCAACCAUUCUUUAUAAUAUAGAAUUGUCCCGUAUUUAAGCCAUCGGUGAAGUGUUCUGUAUGAAAGCUAUACAAAACAGUUUGUCCUGUAUUUUCGCAGGAAUACGCCAUAUGGCCAUUUAGACCAUACAAAUAACACAUUAAUAAUUAUUUUUGCACAAAUCAUUGUUUGAAUUGUGUUUGUAGCCUCUCAAGGAAGGCUUUAAGACCUUGCAGAAUACUCUGAUGCCUGAACGCUCUCACUUCACUCGUGCUAACGGCAAUCCACGGAAGAGGAUUUGGUCCAUGCAAUAAAAAAAUAAAACAUCUUGAGAUUAAAAUUUUUACAUUUCGAGAGAAAUGUUGAAAUAAAAUAUUGAAAACAAACUUGUUAAAUUACAAAAAACUGUUGUAACAUUUGGACAAAAAAUAAAAUGAAAUAAAACUUUUUUUAAAGGUAAUCAAAAGUGCAAAGAGAAAAAUCACACUAUUCUUGACUUAAAAACUGUUGUAAUACAGUUGCUUUAGGAGUUAGUCUAUAUAGUGUUUAUAUCUAGAUUUGUUCAUCUAGAGUCUCUGGCCAUGGAGUGAACGGUCACAUUCCAUGUGACACCAACAUUUAAGUAAAUGUUAAAAUGCACAUUUUGUUGUGAAUCUUUUUGUUAUUUAGGAUUUCUGUUAAAGUGUUAUCUGAUUGUUUACUUUUUCAUUUUGUUUGGUAGAAGCUACAUGGGUAUAUUUAGAGGUUGUUGGUACUACCCCGUCAGUCGGUUUAUCAUCUGAGCUGAUUUCAGUUCUUACAUUGUAUUGUUACUCUGCUAGCAGGGCAGAUUUAUUCUUUUUGUAGGCCUGUUUUAGUUCAGUUAUUUUUCCUUUAUUUUAGUUGAGUUUGCAGGAAUUCUGUUGAACUGGACUUUUGAUAUAUCUGCUUCUGUGGAUUUGAUUAACAUUUUUGUUAUUGUUUUGAGGGAAGAAUAAAUUGACCAUUUUUUCCACAACUGUCCUGCUUGUUCUUGGCUACCACCACAGUAUCUUUGUUCUUAAUUUUAACACAACGUUCCCAUGGGUCCUUGAAGGCCCUGGAAGGUUUUUGAAAAUAAACAUACAUAGAUACGGGUUCUUGAAUAUAUACUUUGUACAAGAAGUCUUCUGAAAAAAAAAAUCCAUAUUCCCUCUGGUCUGCUAAUGUUAAUUUACCAACACUCUGUGGUCUUUGCCUUGAUUUCAUUUUAUUUUGACAAAAAAAUAAAAUGUUAAGAAUAAACUAAUUGAAUAAACACACUCGUUUCAUGUUCAUUUCAUCUCAUUGGACGGCGUUAUUCAGUGGCGAAAAAUAGAGAAUAAUGCACAGGUGUAUUUUAUGAUCGACUGGGAUCGAGACUUUUUGCCAACUCACUUUUCUUCCUUUUCUCAUCCAAUAUUCCAUCAGAAAAGUGUAAAUCAAUUGCUUAAUGAGUGUUUAAUAGUAAUGUAUUAAUAAGAGUUAGGCUAUAGGGAGGGUUUUGUUGUCCCAAUUAGGCAUUAUAUAUAUAUUUAAUUUCAAUAAAAAAAACAACAUUGUUAUUAAAAUCAAUGUUAUUGCACCCCGUUAAU